UUAAAAAUGGUUUAUUUUAUCUUUACUUAAAUAAAAUUUUAUAUUAAAAUAUAAGUAAAAAAUAAUAAAAUCUAAAUAAUAAUAAAUUUUAUUUUAGAUAUAAUUAAAAAAAAAUAUUAUAGCACAUGGUCCUGGAUAAGACCUAGUUACUAAUAUUUAUUACACUCACAUUAAUUUUAAAGAGCUAACUUAACAACUAAUUUCAUUUUCUAAAUAUUAUGGCUUUAAGAAUUCUGACAAAUCAUACUUAAUUUUUGUUUUAUGAUUGUACUUUUAAUAUUUGAAUUUUUAUUUUAGUUGUUUUACAGGUUAUAGAUUUUUUUUGUUUGUUUCGUUUUUAUGUACUUCGGAUUAUCAUGUAUAUUUUUAAUUUUUGGUUACCAAAUACCCAACCUUUCCUAUAAGAAGUUAAUGUAUUUAAGAUGUUUUAGAAUAUAACCACUAAUUCAGAAUAGAAAUGGAAAAAAUGAUACUCUAUUGAUCCAUUACCACUAAUUUAAAAAUGAAUGUAAAAUCUUUUUAUUCAAAAGAUCCAUAACCAUUGAGUUUCUACAUGUACUAAUUUAAAUGCUAAAUGUCGGGACUUAAGAACAUAAAUGGACAAGAAUGGUAUAAUACACUGAAAGGUUUUGGAUGGUUUAAUGGGAGCGAGAAAUAUAAGGGCGAGUCAGUCGCCACUUCACUCGGAGCUAGAAACUCUUAUUUGGUCAAUGGAGUGUAUGAAGAAUUUAAGACAGUUUACUGUUAUUUUUACAACGGUUUGUUCCCAAUUUGUGAAGAUGGUUUCGGAACCAAUAGAAUUUUCAGUUUUUACAAGUUACUUAGAAUAUAUAAAGAUCUUGAAGAGAAGUUUCAACAGCUCAGAACUCAUUUAUAUACCACGGACACAGAAUUCAGGAGUAGACAGUCUGUAAUCGUUGUUUAUUGUCCAUAUGGAUGCAAAGCUACCAAUUUGAUUUUAGUGUACGUGAUUAUGUUUAUGAUUCUGACAAAACAAAACAAAGAAAAUAAAUGGAAUUAGUAAAAUUAUCCUGAUUUUAUUUUAGUUCAAUUUGAAAAAUAAAUGCAAUUCAAUAAGACCAAAAAAUAAGUAAUCAAUAUUAUUAAUAUAUAUGCAAUCACAUGUUUGAUUAAGACACCAACGUAAUAUUAUUUAAAAUGAUGUUGUGUUUACUUUCAUACAUAUAGUUUAAAAACAAUUCAAAAAUAAAAACAAAUCAAAAAUUAAAUAAUGAUCAAGUAUUAUCUUUUUGUUAUUUACAAAUAUUUAUUUUUAUGUAUGAACAUGUAAAACUCACCUAAUUUAAAUGAAAACAAAAAAUAUAUCAUUCAAAAAAGAAAUACUAAUUUAAGGAAAUUUAACUCAUAACUAGUAAAAAUAUUUUCGGAUUAAGCCAAAAAGUUAAAAAGGUCAAUUUUAGUGAAUGCAGACACCGAUGGCCCUCACCCAUACGUGCGUUCAAUGGCCACAGUUUUUUUUUUACGUCAAAUGGUCAUUUUAUUAUUCAAACUUGAGAUGAUUUAGAUAACAAAACCAGAAUAAAACAACCAAUAAAAUGUAACUACAUCUAAACUAUUAUAUAUAUAUGUAUAAUUUUCUUUAUACGAGGACUUACCAAAAUUAAAGCUCACAUGUAUUUAUUUUUUUAAAUGCGGGGUAAUUAUACUUUUAUAAACUAUAAAAAUAUUAUUACUGAUAAUUCUAUAUUUGUUUUGGCAUCAUUAGUGAUAAUUAUAUUUGUUUUGUGAGAAUACACGUAUACGUAUGACUGUGUUACUUGAACUAUUUAUGAGAUUUAUGUUUUACUGUAUUCUUUGUUCUUGUUGAAAAUCUUUUGUAAGUAUUUUUUCAUUAGUUUGUAUUAUUUCACUUUUUCUGCGAUAUCGGAAACCCAAAUUUUAGAUAUUAAUAAAUUUCCAAUCAAACCAUUUGACUAAGCAUACUUCUACUGUCACGUACAUUUGUUUAAUUUUGAAGAAGAUUAUUAACUGUUGUUUGUGUUGUGUUACUUACCGGCAUUAAAUAGUUGUAACUUGUAACCAAGACAGAAACUUCGAAACACAUUUGUAAGUGUGUAGAUACAUGUAUACCACUUAAAAUAAUCAAUGGCAGACCAUAAGUCAAACUUGCAGUCUGAACAAACCGAUAAUGUUGUAAUCUGUAAGAGAUCCAGAGGAGUCCAAAGAGAAUAAAUUUAAUGUGAUUUUAGAGAUUUUUUUCAGAGAAGUGUAAAUAGGCAAUAGAUGUUUUGCAAACGAAAUUCUUUUUUUCACUAAUGAAACGAUGAGUUGACUACUUGACUUUCACUUUGAUGGACAUUUGUUGGAACUUGCACGUGAACUUUCUUUGUUAGUCCUAAAGAAAACAAUUUUGUAGAAAAUAUGAGUAUUCAUUUUCAGCUUUAUGUGUUUUUUAAUAAAAAAUUCAUAGCUUUGAUCAAAUGGGUUGUUUAGUGACACAAAAAAAAAAGAUCAAAUGGUUUGUUUCGGGUGGCGCCCAUGUGCCAUUCCUUUCCCUCAACCUCAAGUACCAUUUCUUAAAUUCCUAUCCUUAAAUAAAGUUUCAAAUACAGAACUUAAAUUUGAUUAUUAUAUUAAAUAAAUGGUAGAACACGCGUUAAGAAAAUAACAGAGUUACUUACUGAAAACAUUCUCUUUUUUUUCAGCAAAUUUAUCGCAUGUAGCAAAAUACUUUUAAAGAAAAUAAAAUAUGAAAACUUAGUAAAUGUCAUCCAUAAGAACAAAAAUGCAUAGAUAUGGGCAUGUUCCUAACCGGAACAAAUUUGUGAUUCAAAAUUGAAGGUUUUCUCUUUUAUACAUGAUCCACUUAAUGGACAAGCCAAACUCUUGGUUAUCAAGACACCUAUCAAAAAAGGAAAAAUCCCAAACAAAGUAUAUGACUCAAGCGGUACCGACAUAUGUUAUGUUUUGUUUUUUGCUCACUGAAGACAUGCAUUAUUAAAAAAACUUUGAAACUUUUGAGUAUCUCUUGAAGCAGAAUGUUGGACGAAACACACACUAAAAAAGAGGAGGAGGAGGAGGUGUCGAAGAUCCUCCGCAUGGAUUAUCAAAAUAGCCACCUUUGGAUCCCCCAAAUUCUGAUCAUGGCACAUUUAAUGGCUUAGGGUGUUGUAUUAAAGAUCAAAUGGAUGAUGAAUCAUUUGACUUUCUGGUUACAGAAUAAUAUUGUGUGUCGGAGAUAUGAAAAUCUCUGAUCCGAAGUGAGACUAACUGUUCAUAUUAGGUGGAUAUAAUUAUUAACUUAGUUAAUUGGUUGGCUUUUAUCUCAAAGAUAAAAAUGUUUCAUCUUUUGCAGGAUAAUUUUGAGAAUGUGAACCUAAGCUAUAUUCUAUGGAGCAUAAAUGUCUGUGUAGAUUUAACUAUCAAUUGAGGCUAUAUAAGAGGUGUGAUUUUUUUUUCAUGUAUAUAUCGACACAGUCGAUAGAGUUAUUCUUCAGAAUGACACUUUUGCCAAUAAACACUUGUUUUAAAAAUAUGAACAAUUGACAAAAAACAAUUAUGAGAAAAGUGAUACGAUAUUCAUUACGCUACAUACAUAAUUAUCGUUAUUAAACUUUCACUAAAAUUAUUUUUAAUGGUUGACCCUACUGUUGGGAUAAGCUUGAAAGAAGAUUGAGAGAAAAGUAAUCCUAAUUCUAUUUGUGUUGAGAUUAUAAAGAGAUAAAGAUAAAGAUAAAGAGAUUGUGAUAUAUCUAGAUAUGAUAUUACUUAUAGGAAAAUGAUUGUAACAUCUAUAUAUAAAGAUGUCGAGAGAGAGAGAUGAGAGUUGAGAGGAAUAUUGUGAUUGUGAGAGCUUAAGUUUUUGAGCUAGUUUUCUUAAGCUAAUAAGAAGAGAUACAUUCUUAUAAUUCGUGUGUUCUUUGCCAAGGUUUACAACAAUACCUAACGUACUAAACCAUCUUUUCGUAAAUAUUUGUUUGGUUUCGUUGAUGUGCCCAAAAGUGUGAUUGAUAUCUUUUAUAACUGCUAGGUUGUGUGUGAGGCUGUGAGCGAAACAUAGUGUAUUUUGUUCUUUUUUUAUUUAAUUUUUCUUUUGUGAGAGUAAUUCAUAACUUAACGUUGGGAAACGCUUCAAAAAUAGAAGUUUCAAAGCCUUUUUAGUACAAUCCAUCUCCAAACCGCGUCAGUGUUGAUAAUGCGAGAGAACCUGCAAGUCGUAACACCUAUUUUCAUAAAUCAUAACACCAUCACGAGCUGAGUAUUAUAUUGUUUAACCAGAAUAAAAGUAACUAAUAAUACCAAUAUACUACUGAAUUUUCUACCGCUUAGCUUACAACAAAACCCAUCAAGAUUCACUAAUAAAGCAAGCACAAUCUUUAAUAAUAACUGAAAAGCGAAUCUUCUUCAUCCAACUACCAAACAACUAUUCAUGUCUAAGAUCUUGAGGAAUGGGUUGGUGGUUUUAAUUUUGUAUUUUACUCUCUUUUUUUUUGUUAAAAAAAGUGACACUCUUCCUACUUUACCUUCUCACUAUUAAAAUAAAUAUUGAAUACCCUCAAUAAAUCAUAAUAAGUAUGAUUUGAGCGUAAAGAAGACACCAAAUGAAAAUAAAAGUAUAAAGAAAACAACCAAAAAUUUGUUACAAAAAAAAAAAAAUGAAAAGAAGAAGCAAGUGAGUUAUUUUUAUUGGUUUAUGAAAAGAAGAGGCAAGUGAGCAAAUGAAAAUAAAAGUAUAUGUUCUGUGAGUAUUCGUAGUAACAGAAUAUUAUUCUCCAUAGUUGAGAACAAAUUUGGUUACAUUUUUAUUGUGAACUGUAGGAUUUUUGUGGGCGGGAUAUGGAUUAUUCAUUUGUUGGUCUUUCGCAUGAGCAGUCUGGUCCAUAUGCUUGGUGUAGUUGGUUUUCCUAGAACACACUUUCGAAAAAGUGUAUUAGACUAGCUUCGGCUUGAUCCGGUAAACCUAGUUCGAUUUGAACAACCAUAUCUAAGAGUGUAAGUUUUUACAAAAGAAACACCCAUAUUUGCUGUAUAAUUUCUUUUUCUUUUUACAUUAUUUCCAAAUAUAUAUAUAUAUAUAUUACAAAAUACAAUAUCUUAGCAAAUAUGUUAUCGUAAAGGCAUGUACAUAAUACAGUUUUAGUAUCUUACAUACUAGAAGUAUCAUAAGUUAAUAUAAUGAAUUUCGUUUUUAAUGCUUCAAAUUUAAUCCUUAUGAUACAAAUUGUUAAUUCUGAUUUUAAAAACUGUCUCAGAAUAUUUGGAAAAAUUAUUGACCAAUAUUAGGAACUUGGAAUUUCUUUUAAAAAAAUGAUCACAACUUUAAAAAAGUACAAUGUUUACAGUUUACACUGUUAAUAAUAUUUCAUCCAAAACAUUAUUAUGAAGGGUAUUCUAAAUAGGAUGCACUUGACGUAGCUUUCUAUAUAAACACUUACAAACACACUCUUCUAGUCUCAACCACAUUCAAAUCACCUUCUCUCUCCCUCACUCUCUCUCUAAACGCAGAGCAAAAAAAAAAAAGGAACAACGAGAACAGAGUGAGAUGGGAAUAGUGAUGGUGAUGAUUGGUUUUCUCUUUGUCCUCGUCUUGCUCUGUUCUGCGCUGCUCCGAUGGAACGAAAUGCGAUACAACAAGACUAAUCUCCCUCCUGGAACCAUGGGGUGGCCAAUCUUUGGCGAAACAACCGAGUUCCUCAAACAAGGCCCUGACUUCAUGAGAAACCAAAGACUCCGAUAUGGGAGUUUCUUCAAAUCGCAUCUCCUUGGUUGUCCAACGUUAGUCUCGAUGGACACAGAGAUCAACAGAUACAUCUUAAAGAACGAAUCGAAAGGUUUGGUUCCUGGUUAUCCACAAUCGAUGCUUGACAUUCUCGGGACUUGCAACAUGGCUGCGGUUCAUGGUUCGAGCCACCGCCUUAUGAGAGGCUCGCUUCUUUCACUCAUAAGCUCAGCCAUGAUGAGAGAUCACAUCUUGCCCAAAGUCGAUUACUUCAUGAGAAGUUAUCUUGGUCAAUGGAGUGAGCUUGAGAAUGUUGAUAUCCAGGAUAAGACCAAACAUAUGGCGUUUUUAUCUUCUUUGUCACAAAUCGCUGGAAAUUUAAGAAAACCACUCGUUGAAGAAUUCAAAAAUGAGUUCUUCAAGCUUGUUGUUGGAACUCUCUCCGUCCCAAUCGAUCUACCCGGCACAAAUUAUCGUUGUGGAAUCCAAGCAAGAAAGAACAUUGAUAGGUUACUUAGCGAGUUGAUGCAAGAGCGUAAAGAUUCUGGAGAAACAUUUACAGACAUGUUAGGUUACUUGAUGAAGAAGGAAGACAACAGAUACCCAUUAACCGAUGAAGAGAUAAGAGACCAAGUCGUAACGAUCUUGUAUUCAGGUUACGAAACUGUGUCUACUACCUCAAUGAUGGCUCUUAAGUACCUCCAUGAUCAUCCAAAAGCUCUUGAAGAACUCAGAAGAGAGCAUUUGACUAUAAGGGAAAGAAAACGACAAGACGACCCACUCGAUUUAGAGAAUGUGAAGUCAAUGAAGUUCACUCGAGCUGUGAUUUUAGAGACAUCAAGACUGGCAACAAUCGUUAAUGGGGUCCUGAGGAAAACUACCCGCGACAUGGAAAUCAACGGUUAUUUAAUUCCAAAAGGAUGGAGAAUUUACGUAUACACGAGAGAAAUUAAUUACGACACAAAUCUUUACAAGGACCCAUUGAUCUUUAAUCCAUGGAGAUGGAUGGAGAAGAGCUUGGAGUCACAAAACUCAUGCUUUGUGUUUGGAGGUGGGACAAGGCUUUGCCCUGGAAAGGAACUAGGGAUUGUUGAGAUAUCGAGCUUCCUCCAUUAUUUUGUUACAAGAUACAGAUGGGAGGAGAUGGGAGGGGAUAAACUAAUGGUGUUUCCAAGAGUUUUUGCACCAAAGGGCUUUCAUCUUAGGAUUUCACCUUACUAACAUUUUAAAUAUUAAUAAUCAUAGAGAAUAAUAUAAAUGCACAUAGAAUAUAGAAGAAGCAUAUGAAGAGACAAGAUAAGAAGAUAAUUAUGAUUCUAUUUUUUUGUUCUAUAUAAUAACCCAUGUUUUGUACUCAUUUAAGUUGUUUUCUGAUCAUAUGUACAUUUUCCUUGAGCAGCUUAAUUUACGAAUGAUUUACUAUUCAUAUAUUUGUAUCAAUACUAUUAAAACAGAAGGCCCUUUUUUGAGGUGCCCUUUUGUUUCAACAGUAUUUACAAUUCUCUGCCACUGGAUUAUUUUUAAGCUAUGCUUUUAAUUAAAAUCAGUAUUUUAGUAAUUCUUUUUAUUCAAACAGCAAGCAAGGGAAUAUACCCUAAAUCCCUAAUAAUACUAAACGACAUCUAUUCUGUUUGAUUUUAUAUCACUACCGUUGAUUGUCGAAGAUUAUAUAGAUGAAGCUUGAUACAAAUGGUUUCGAGACUUCCAUUCCUACGAUUGGCAACAAUAUGCUUGAUGAUUUUUCUAUUCUGUCCUCCACUGAUCUUCCCCAAACAACAUAUGUGAAUUUUAUUUCUUUGAUGAGAUUCUUUUGUGUUCAUCCGCUAAGCAGUGUGGGUUGUUGAUUUUAGUUUUUGUUUGGGUUUCAGUUUGAUGAGUUUAGUAAGAAGCUGUACAGAUGGUGACGCCUGCGGAAGGAACAACCACACUCGCUUUUUUCUUCUAAGGUGUCAUGGUCGCUGCUGAUUCUCAGGCCAGGAGAGGAGGUGAAUCAAUCGAGAUGAAGGAAAGCCAACGACUAGGAAUAUACUUCUUUGCCCGAAUUGAGUUUUUUUUUUUGGGAAACCCUACCACUUGAUUUUGCUAAGAUCUCAUUUUAUGGUUUUGUUCUUGAUUCGAGUGACUUGGUUUCUUUUGUUGAUAAACGUAUUGUUAGUUGAAAUGCAAUUUACUCGCAC